AUAAAGCGUUAAUGGGAGACAGCCAGUGUGUUGUUUGUUUAUAAAUAAACAUUUUUAAGUUAAGAUAUGGUCUCAACGCGAGGAUUGAAACUAAAAUUUUUUGAAGGCGAAAGGGUGUUGUGCUACGAACCAGAUCCUACAAAGGCUAAAGUUUUGUAUGAUUCAAAGGUACUGGAUAUUGUUAUCAAUAAGGACCAUAGAGGAAGAAAGAACAUAGAGUACUUGAUUCACUUCCAAGGCUGGAAUUCUUCCUGGGAUAGGUGUGUUGGAGAGGAAUAUGUGUUAAAGGACACCCCAGAGAACAGACAGUUGCAAAAAGAUUUGGCAGAAAAAGCACAGUUACAACUGGGAGCAUAUUUAUAUAGGAAGGAAAGGAAAAAGAACAGAAAGCCUGGUGACAGAGCUUCUGCUUCAGAAGAUGGUGGUAGUUCUAGUAGUCCAGGAAGAAUGGAUACAGAUGAUGGUCAAGGUAUAACCAGCACUUCAGAGGAUGAUUCUUCCACUGAGGAUGAAGCAAUUUACAUAGAAUUAACGGCAGAUCUUAGAAAAAUAAUAGAGAAUGACUAUUACCUGAUUAAAGAAAAAAAUAAGUUAAUGAAGUUACCAGCAGAACCAAAUAUUGCAACUAUUUUAGAAUCUUAUUAUAGACAUUAUGCAACCAAUCAGAUCUGUGGGCUUACAGAGAAGUCAACUGGGAGGUAUAGAACUCAAUCAAUAAAUCAGAAUAGUGUGAAACCAAAGCCUGAAGAUAUACAAAGAAAUUUGGCCAUAUGUAGAGAAGUAUUAGAUGGUUUAAGGAUUUAUUUUGAUUUCACAUUGAGUGACUUAUUGUUGUAUAAACAAGAAGUUGGUCAAAUAGCAAUCAAACAGGCUGUGUCUCAACUAGAUAAUGGCGAUGUAAAGAUGGAACUGAAAUCGGAAGAUUUGAAUAGUAAUCUCAAUAACGGUACUUACCUCACAGAAAAUGGCAACGACACUGAUAAAAUAACAGCCAGACGACGAACACUGAGAUCAAACAGAAGCGAUUCUCAAGCAAAUGGAAAUGCGUCCCCUAGAGAAAAUAAUUGUAACAAUAACACCCCAAAACCAGCUUCAAGUGUCACUAGCAGUAAUUCUGACAUCGCAGGUCCUUUGUCCAAAACAUUGACGUGGAAAAUUCUUCCUGACCAUGUAUAUCACCAGCAACCUCCUGCGCCUUGUUUGGUGUACGGAGCGACGCAUUUGCUAAGGCUUUUUGUGAAGUUACCAGAUCUGCUUACUUCCACAAACAUUCCAGAUGAAAAAUUGAAGGUUCUGCUUAGACAUUUUGAUAAGAUAAUAGGGUAUUUAAAUGAACACACCGACUGGUACGGAGAGCAACACUACAUUGACGCCUUCUAAACAUUUUAGAUCAUAGAACCGACGAGAAAACGUUAACGUGUGAUAUUAUUUUCGAAUUUUAUUUAUUAGAUAUACGUUAUAGUAUUAGUAGUAAAUAGUUAAUAUCGAUUUGAUAGGAAUUAGUUUGUUUUGAGCUAAAUUAUCUAUUAAGUCACAUCAAGGAUGUUAAUAGACCGGUAGGUAUGAAUAUAUCAAAGUUUGGUUGUUCUUUGUU